CACUACUUUGCUAUAGCAGCUAUCUUAAUGGUUACUGCGUGGCCGGGAGGAAACCUGAUCGGCUAGAUCCAGCCGAAAGCAGGAGGAGUGGACUUUGCGGAGAGAGAGAAAGGGGGGGAAACAUGUCUUCUGCCUCCCCCACAGACAAGCUCCCGAGCGCGGUGGAGAUCAAGCAAGAGAAUGUGAUGGAAAUCCGCUCCGAAGCAGGCACGGUGCCCCAGGAAAGGGCAGCCCUCAACCCUGCACCGCCGCCCCCGCCGGCUGCUGCCCCUUUCCCCAUGGAGCAAGCAGGCUCCGCGGCUGGGGAGGAGGGAGCUGCGGAUCAGCUCCUGCUCCACACUGAACUUCUGGCCAGGAAUCACCAUGCUGCCGCCUCCUCCUCCUCUCCCUCCUCCUCCCAGACCCCCCUGGCUUUCUCCCCGGAUCAUGUAGCCUGUGUCUGCGAGGCGCUGCAGCAAGGUGGGAACCUGGACCGCCUGGCCAGGUUCCUGUGGUCUUUGCCCCAGAGCGAUCUGCUACGUGGCAACGAGAGCCUGAUGAAAGCCCGGGCGCUGGUGGCUUUCCACCAGGGCAUCUACCCGGAGCUCUACAGCAUCCUGGAGGGCCACAGCUUCGACUCCUCCAACCACCCGCUGCUGCAGGAGCUGUGGUACAAGGCUCGCUACUCCGAGGCGGAGCGAGCCCGGGGCAGACCCCUGGGGGCGGUGGACAAGUACCGGCUGCGGAGGAAGUUCCCCCUGCCCAGGACCAUCUGGGACGGCGAGGAGACGGUGUAUUGCUUCAAGGAGAGGUCCCGCAACGCGCUGAAGGAGCUCUACAAGCAGAACCGGUACCCGUCGCCGGCCGAGAAGCGGAACCUGGCCAAGAUCACCGGGCUCUCCCUCACCCAGGUCAGCAACUGGUUCAAGAACCGGCGGCAGCGGGACCGCAACCCCUCCGAGACCCAGUCCAAAAGUGAGUCAGAUGGCAACCCUAGCACAGAAGAUGAAUCCAGUAAGGGGCAGGAGGAUUUAUCUCCACAUCCACUCCCCAACUCGUCCGAUGGAGCUACCAAUCUAAGCCUUCCCAAUCAUAUGGAGCCAGUGUACAUGCAGCAGCUUGGAAACACUAAAAUAUCUUUAAGUUCUUCUGGCGUUUUGCUGAAUGGAAACCUAGUGCCUGCCAGUACUUCUUCUGUCUUUCUUAAUGGGAGCUCUUUUCUUCAAGGACCCAAUGGAGUAAUCCUCAAUGGUCUCAACAUGGGGACUUCACAGACAGUAACUUUAAAUCCACCCAAAACAACUUCAAGUGCUGUGAGCAAUGGAGUGUCAAUCACUGACAUAUUGGUGUCUUCUUCUGAAGAUGUCAAGGACUUCAAAAUCCUCCAGGCUUCUGUGUCUAACUCUGCAGCAGCACCAACACCAUACAAUCCCAGUAAUGUACCUGUCUCAUUUCCAGGGUUAAUACCAAGCAGUGAGGUGAAAAGGGAAAGCAUACAAACUGUUGCUUCUCAAGAUGGAGGGUCUGUAGUUACUUUUACUGCUCCUGUCCAAAUAAACCAGUAUGGCAUUGUCCAGAUCCCUAAUUCAGGAACAAAUGGCCAGUUGCUUAAUGGAAGCAUCGGGUUUUCUCCUCUGCAGCUGCCUCCUGUUUCUGUGGCAGCUUCACAAGGUAACAUUUCAAUAAAUCCAAGUACAUCAGAUGGGGGGACUUUUACAAGUGAUUCUUCAACAGCGCAGCAAGGAAAGGUUUUCUUUAGCCCUCUUGCUCCUAGUGCAGUAGUGUAUACAGUUCCCAAUUCAGGUCAGGCAAUAGGAUCUGUUAAACAAGAAGGAUUGGAAAGAAGCCUUGUGUUUUCUCAGUUAAUGCCCAUCAGUCAGAAUACACAACUAAAUGUAAACGUAUCUUCUGAAAAUGUAGCUGGUGGAGGCCUCCAGUCCAUGGCUUCCUCCUUAGUAAAUGUAACUCCCUCACAUAAUUUUUCCCUAGCUCCACCUUCUCUUUUAAAUGCUACAGAACUGAACUCUGGUAUCUCAGAGAGUCAGUCUAUGUCAGCAUCUGUAACAAAUACAUCUACUGUGAUAUCAAUCAGCAACACUAACUAUGCAACUCUUCAGAACUGUUCCCUCAUUACCAGUCAAGAUCUCAUGUCAAUUUCUACAGCACAGCCUGCACUCCGGGAAAUAGUUUCAACAACUGGAGACCAUGUCAGUCAUCCAUCUGCACAAGUUCAUCCGGAUUUUGUCAGAGAGCACAGGUUAGUUCUGCAGUCAGCACCCGAUGUCAAGGAGAAUUUCUUAUCCAAUUCUGAGAGUAAGUCAACCAGCAACUUAAUGAUGCUGGACACAAAAUCUAAAUAUGUUAUGAGUAAUAUGGUCAACACGGUCUGUGAAGAACUGGAAACGGACAAAAAAGAGCUUGCCAAACUCCAGACAGUUCAGAUGGAUGAAGAUAUGCAAGAUUUUUAA